AUGGCACAUAUGUGGAAUGAAGCUAAGAAUGUGGUUGUACAAGGUGGUACAUUUGUGGCUCAAACGGUUGAGCACUCGCCGUACAUAUCGAGCGCAUUCAGCAUUAAUGUGUUUCCUCGUAUCUUUCGGGCACAAGCGGAAGCUUUGGAAGAUACUACUGCUUCAUCGGCCAAGAAGGAUUUCUCUAGGCUGGGUCCCAUAUUUCCUGAGCCCCUCGUCGAUGUCUACGGCCGUGACGAAUACCUCGAAGACCUGGUGUUAAACAAAAUUCUAGCGCAAUUCGUUUCAAAAUCAGAAAAUAAACGACACGUAGCCAUCAAAGGAGGCCACGGUAUAGGCAAGACGACAGUUGCAAACAAAGUUAUUCGGGAUCCUCGCAUCGUCAAGUAUUUCGGGAAUGCAAGGCACUGGGUUAGCUGUCGAGAAGCUUCUUUUAUUGACAAUUGUUUCAAGGGGCAAAAGUUGCUCGAAUAUAUCUCCAGGAGCCUCGGGCUGGAGCUUACAGCAUCUAACAAUCUCCUCUACGACGUAAGAUAUUUUCUCGAGACAAACAAUGUCCCUCGCAUCAUUAUCUUCGACAAUUUUGAGACCAUGUGGGGAGCCAUUGAAGCAGGAGAAGGAGUGGGGAGUAUCUUGAAAGCCUUAGCGCAGCACACCCAGGUCCUCAUGGUUAUCACAACUCGCUUCAUAUAUCCGCCCGCUGUCCACCUGGGAGUGUCGUGGCAUUCCUUAGACACUUUGAGCCCACUCUCUUUGGACGCAUCAAGAGAUUUAUUUAUGAGCAUUUGUCCUCAAGAAUCUAUCGAUAAAUACCUAGACGAGCUCCUUCUGGCAGUUAACUGUCUACCUCUUGCUAUUGUCCUCAUGGCGUCGACGGCACACGGAUCGUUCACGACAUACAGAAUUUUGGAAAGAUGGAGGAAAGGCCUUCAAUGCGUAGCCCCAGACCGAAAAAUGAUUCCAGGUGACCCCGUAAAGCACCUCGGACCCUCAAUUGAAAUGUCGCUCGAAGGCCCAUUGCUGAAGCAUCAUCCGGACGCAGUCGUACUCCUGAGGAUAAUUGCGGGCCUUCCUGGUGGCAUAAAGGUCGCAAACCUUCAACAAAUUGUUCCUGGAAUACCGAGGGUAGAUGAAGUGCAAGAGAUUCUCCAGCAAACAUACCUGAUAUACGAAGAAGACGGACUUACACGCGACCCCGAAGAUCGAGUUCUCCAGAUGCAUUCCACCAUUCGCAAGCAUAUGUUAGAGAACUACCACCUCGAUUCAGAACAUGAACGGAAUAUCCAGAAUUUCUACUUCAGACUGAUUCACGAAGCCGGAAAAGAUCCUGGAGCCAAAGAUUUUCUGGCUUGUGCUCGGCGCCUAUCCAAAGAGGAAAUCAACGCAAAAAGUAUUCUAACUGGAGUCUUGAGGGACGAGGCCAAUGAGUAUCAGGAUUUCGUAGCAGCAAUAACCGUCGCAAUGGACUACUGCAACUAUCUUAUAUGGAACACUCCCAGCACAGAUAUAGCCGAGAAAACCGUCGAUCUGCUAAAGAAACGACUGCCUUCAGGGACGUCAGUGUUGUUAUCGCCAAUGGAAAACUUAAACGCACAUCGGAAUAGAGUCGCAGGGCAAUGCUCCCGCAAUAUUGGUUCAGAGCAAUUGUUUGCUAUGGAACAAUAUCCACUUGCACUGCUGCAUUUAGGCAAAUUACAAUCUCGAUUGUCCCGCUACGGGGAGUCAAAGAAGACUUUCAACCAAUUGUUACAACAUUGCAAUCCUGUGGAGCAUCGGAGCCGGACCGCGGAAGCUGAAUUCGAGUUGGCUCAGAUCUAUCGCAUCCAGGGUGAUCACGAGAAGGCAUUGGAGCUCUUUUACAAUGUAUACAGUCGCUCAGGAGACGAGGCACGCAGAAGGGCAGCCGCCCAACGAGGGAUUGCAAUUGUACACUUCGAUGCAAAUAAUAUUGCUGAAGCAUUGGAAGCAUUGAACAAGAGCAAACGUAUUUUUCCGGAGAGCGACCAGGCAUGCCAGGCCGACUACAAGCUCGGUGUGGGAAGAAUACAUAGAAACCACGACCAAACGCUCUCGAUCAGCCUCUUAUCCGAGGCAAGAGAUUAUUACACUGAACAUGGACCUCGUCGAGAGGCUGCGAUAACGCUGUAUCAGAAGUCCAUCGCACAGUAUCUGAAGGGCGAAUUCGAUGAUGCUGAGAGAGGAUUAAAUGACGCAUUUGAUGAAUUCAGGCCUCUUAGAAAUGACGCGCAAAUGGGAUAUUGCGUUUACCACCUAGCUUUAUUGAACAUGAAGCGUAGGAGGUUGCGUGACGCCUUGUCGCUGUUCCGCCGCGCGGAGAAGAUGUUUGCACACAUGGAUAACAAGUUGAUGGUUGGAUUAUCGUUGAAGGGGCAAGGAGACGUGUUGACAUCGCUCUUUCGAAUACAAGAAGCGGCAAACGCAUACGAUAAGGCUGAUACUCUGCUAGGCAGUGUGAGGUCAACGGAAGCCACGACUGCCUUGAAGAACAUUCAACAUACGCGUUACGCGAUGCAAUGGUACAUCACCUUGGGCGUGGCAUUUGCAGUCCUCUUUACAUUGGCCCUUUUAUAUACCACUCAGACCACCAGUGUGGACAUUUAUGGGUACAUACAUCGUUUCUGA